GAGCAGGUGUUGUGUGUUUAUCAUUUCUUCUCUUCGUCUCUUUCUCUCCCUGUUCAAUGAGCAACUGCCCCUGCAAUUAUAAUGAGCCCAUGCUUUACGACACCAGUUGCUCUCCCUUACCAAACAAUACUGCAAUAGUAGGUACUGCCAAUAGCAGAGUCACCUGUUGCACUGGAUCUGACAAUAUUAGUGCAGUUUGGGUUGAUCCUUUUGGUUUUGAUGUUCCUAGUUCAAUGAAUAACCUAGUAAAUGCACACAAUCCAGUUCAAUUGGAUAUCAUUGGCAGUAUUACUGUGGAACACUGUUCUUCUCGUUGUGGUGCUUACAGUUGCAGAUUAGUAAUAAAUGCUACACAAGAGGAGGUUGACAGAUUAUUUCUUAUUGUUAAGAGCAGCAGUGACACCAUUGGACUACCUAAUGUAACAAAUAUUUCAUUUCAAGUUCUAAGUCUACAUCGUCCUCUUUCUGUUUCUCUCUCAUUUAACUCAACUGCUCUACCUCCUACUCACGUUUAUUGGUCAACACCUUCAAAUUAUCUCAAUCAAAGUCAUUACUCUCGCCUUUUAAAUGCUGCAGAAGUUAUAUAUAGCAAUGUGUUACUAAUAAUAGAUAUCUCUAGUCCAUCUGAAGCAGCUGGACUGUAUACAGCUAAUGUCAGUACUAAUGGGGAGGAAUUCACAUCUUUAAAUAUUAGUCUUGCGGAUUUAAUAAGACACAUGCUCUUAUAAGAUGGAAAAAUGGAGACAUUGAUAAUAAUAAUCAGAUUAUUUAUAUUUAUAACAAUGAUACAGGUCAAAACGUGAGCACUACUAAUGACUUUUAUUAUUAUCCAAUCAGUGACAAUUCGUCUUACAAUUUAUUACUUUAUUCAACUGAGGAUCACCUGCUCCCUAGUGAGAUGCAGUUGGUGAAUUUUGUGAC